AAAAAAAAAAAAGUUGUUAUCGCGGUAACUGUUAGCUACCUUGUCUGGUUUAAUUUCUUGCAGAAGAACAGCGCAGCCAUGGCUCCGAAAUCUCUGGCGGAACAGAUUGCUGAGUUAGAGGAUUUGACUCCGAGAGAUUAUGAUCCGGAGGAUUUGGAUCGCGGGAAUGGAGAUAGUGAUGAGGAGGCGGGUGACAAGGAUGCCAGUGCGGGGAGGGAACAUUAUCAGGAUGUUGGCAAGGCAAAACUGCGCAAGCAGGAUCCGGUCGCCCUUGGAAAACAAUACGCCGGGUCGAAAGUGAGUCGCGAGGCAUUGGAGGCCGACAGCGAUGACGAUCCGUUUGCGGCGCGGUCGAGUGACGACGACGACGAAGAUGAGGACGAAGACGAGGAAGACGAGGAUCUGGAGCUCGGCAGCGACGAGGACGAGGGCUCAGACAGUGAGGAAGAAGAGGAGGAGGAGGAGGAGGAGGAGACCCGACCCUCCAAGGCAAAGAAAGGCAAGAAGCAGAUCGAGGUCGACGACAUGGAAACAGACGAGUCGGACGAGCUAGACAGCGAGGGAUCAUUCGACGAGAUGCUUUCCGACGAGGACGAUGAAAUCCCCUCCGACGAGAUCCCCUCCGACGAAGAAUCCGACGAGGAUGAGUCCGACCACGCCCGCAAACCCAGCUCCAGCGCCAACAACGACCGCGACGAACUCCGCCGUCUGAUGGCAACCGAUCAAAAAACCAUCGCGGCGACCAUCUCCCAAGCCGCCAAAGCCGACGCCAUCAAAGGCAAAGCCGUGAAACAACAACGCGCGACCUUCGACGCCCUCCUCAACACGCGGAUCAAGCUCCAAAAAGGCCUCUCGGCAAUCAACCAGCUCUCCCUUGCUGAAUCCACCGACGAUCUGGACUCCGAAGCCAUCACCUCCGCCGAAUCCGCCGCCCUCGCCCUCUGGUCCACCCUCGAAGACCUGCGCGUCGCACUCGCCGACGCCCAACAUAAUCCCAGCGAGGAGGAAACCAAAAAGCGCAAACGUCCCACCCCCACAACCUCCACCUCCACCGCCACCCUCUGGAGCCGCAUGACGGAACUCGAAUCCACCGCGCACCCCCACCGCCGAACCAUCCUCGACAAAUGGUCCGCCAAAGUCCGCAACGCAAACUCCAACACGGCCAACACGCGCGGAAAACUCCUUGCUUCUUCCUCGACCAGCCAACAAACCAUCACCGCGGUCCUAGACGCCCAGGUCGCUACCGAGACAGGUGAUCGGGCCGCGAAGCGCGCUCGUCAAGAUACCUCCUCCUCCUCUACAACUAGCAGCACCGAAGGUCCCAUCUACGACGACACCAUCUUCUACCAAUCCCUGCUCCGCGACCUCGUCGAGCAGCGCAUGUCGUCCUCCGACGCGAUCACCAACGGCCUCGACACCCUGCACAUCCAAUUACCGUCGCGCGGGGGAGCCGCCGUGCACCCCGUGACCGGGAUGCGGAAGGACAAGGUGAAGCGGGAUGUGGAUACGCGGGCGUCCAAGGGCCGGAAGAUGCGGUUCGAUGUGCAUGAAAAGUUGCAGAAUUUUAUGGCGCCGGAGGAGCGGGGCUCGUGGACGAAGCAUGCGCGGGAGGAGUUCUUUGCGUCGUUGUUGGGGAGGUCGGCGAGUGGGUUGCUACGGGAGGAGGAUGGGGAGGAGGAGGAAUUGAGUGGGGGGGAGAGUGAGGAGGAUCGCGAGGAGGGGGGGUUGAGGCUUUUUAGGAGCUAA